AUGAACAAGAUAUUGCAAUCUGGUACUGAUGGUGGUAUCACAGUGACUAACGACGGUGCAACAAUCCUCAAAUCAAUCCCAUUAGACAAUCCAGCUGCUAAAAUCUUGGUAAAUAUUUCAAAGGUACAAGAUGACGAAGUUGGUGAUGGUACUACAUCUGUUACUGUUCUAGCCGGUGAGCUAUUAAGAGAGGCUGAAAGAUUGGUCAAUUCAAAAACCCAUCCACAAGUUAUCGUCGAUGGUUACAGGAUUGCUACAAAGGCUGCUUUGGAAUCACUUGAAUCUGCUGCCAUUGACAACUCAGCCAACUCGGAUGCCUUCAGAUUAGACCUCUUUAACAUCGCUAGAACCACCCUCUCCUCAAAGGUCCUCUCCCAAGACAAGGACUACUUUGCAAACUUGGCUGUUGACGCUGUCUUACGUCUCAAAGGCUCCACAAAUCUCGAAAAUAUCCAAGUCAUUAAGAAAGUCGGCGGUAAACUCACAGAUUCCUACCUCGACGAGGGUUUCAUCUUAGACAAGAAAAUUGGCACAAACUGUCCAAAGAGAGUCGAAAACGCUAAAAUUCUCAUUGGUAACACCUCCAUGGAUACUGACAAGAUUAAGAUCUUUGGUGCUCAAGUUAAGGUUGACUCUACUGGCAAAUUAGCCGAAUUAGAAAGAGCUGAACGCGAAAAAAUGAAGUCAAAAGUUCAACGCAUCAAAUCCCACGGAAUAAACACCUUUGUCAACCGCCAACUCAUCUACAACUACCCUGAAUCCUUAUUCGCUGAAUCUAACAUCACCUCGAUCGAACACGCUGACUUUGAAGGUGUUGAGCGUCUCGCCUUGGUUACUGGUGGUGAAAUUGCUAGCACCUUUGACAAUCCUGACCAGGUUAGAGUUGGUGAAUGUGAUCUCAUUGAGGAGAUUAUGAUCGGUGAAGACACAUUAAUCAAGUUCUCCGGUGUCAAAGCAGGUGAAGCAUGCACCAUCGUCUUACGCGGUGCCACUACACAGAUGAUCGAUGAAGCUGAGAGAUCUCUCCACGACGCUCUCUCUGUUCUCUCACAAACCGUAAAAGAAUCUAGAACAGUCCUUGGUGGUGGUUGUGCAGAGACUCUAAUGGCGAAAGCUGUCGACGCGCAAGCACGCAAAACUCCUGGAAAGAAGGCUAUUGCUACUGAAGCAUUCGCCAAGGCACUCCUCCAAAUGCCAACUAUUCUUGCAGACAAUGCUGGUUACGAUUCUGCUGAACUUGUCGCAAAACUGCGUGCGAGACACUACGAUGGUGAUGAAAAAGCUGGUUUGGAUAUGCUCAAAGGAGAAAUUGGAGACAUGAAGCAGCUAGGUAUUACAGAAUCAUACAAACUCAAGAAACAGGUCGUCUCUUCUGCGUCUGAAGCAACAGAAAUGCUACUCAGAGUCGACACCAUUUUGAGAGCUGCUCCAAGACAACGUGAAGGAUAA